AGGUCGCGAUUAUGUGUGAAGAAUUUGCCCAAGUAUGUAGCCGAGGAUCGCCUCAGAGAAUUCUUUUCUCAGAAAGGGGAAGUCACUGACGCCAAGCUCAUGCGUACUUCAGAUGGGAGGAGCAGGCAGUUUGGAUUUGUAGGGUUUAGAACAGAGCAAGAGGCUAAGCAAGCUAUCAAGUAUUUUGACAAUUCUUUCAUGGAUAAUAGUCGUAUUAUUUGUGAGAUUGCUAGGAAACAUGGGGAUCCAAAUAUCCCUCGUCCAUGGAGCAGGCACACUUUAAAGAAACAAGAGAAAUUGACAAAUGAGGAUGAGAAUGCAAAAUUAAACAAAAGCUCUGAGUCUGCAGGUUUAAAAGGGGACAAAAAGAAUAGUAAACAGGAGAGUAAGGAUGAGGAUCCUCAGCUUCAAGAGUUCCUUGAAGUUAUGCAGCCAAGGAGUAAGUCAAAGUUCUGGGCAAAUGAUGCACUAACGGCUCCAUCUCUUUCUCGAAGUAAAAAGGAUGGCGAUAAGCAAUCCCAGGGAAAAGAGACAAACCAGGGAAAAAUGGAUACUGAUGACUCUGAGUUGGACGAGGUUAUUAAGAAAGAGGAAUCUCUGUCAGAUAGUGAAAAAUCUGAGAAACCUGAUGGCUCCCGUAACGAUGAAGUUAUGACCGAUACAGAUUAUUUCAAGAGCAGAGUGAGGAAAGAUUGGUCUGACUCAGAAAGUUGUGAAGACGAUGGUAGUGAUAAUGAAAGUGACGCUGGAGGUGACAAGAACAGUGAAGAUGCAAAUGCUGAUAAUAUCCUUGAACCUGAUGAUACAGAGGAAUUGUUGAAUGACCUGUUCUCCAGAUCUAACAAUGAGUCGCUUGAGCCUGCUGACCCUUUAUCAAGUGUUAAGGAUGAAAAAGAAGAAGAUCUGGAGAGUGGACGAUUAUUUGUUCGUAAUCUCCCAUACACCACUACGGAAGAGGAGCUGGAAGAACACUUCAGAGCAUUUGGGAAUGUCUCACAGGUUCAUAUUGUUGUUGACAAAGACACAAAGCGGUCCAAAGGAAUUGCAUAUGUUCUCUAUGCAUUACCAGAAUCUGCUGCUAGGGCCUUAGCAGAGCUGGACAAUUCCCAUUUUCAAGGACGAUUACUUCAUGUUAUGCCAGCAAAACAGAAAAUUUCUCCAGAGAAGACAGAGACAGUUGCUAAUACCAAGCAAUCUUCAAACACAUUUAAGCAGCAGAGACAAGAGGAAAAGAAGGCAUCUGAAGCUAGUGGAAACACACGAUCUUGGAAUACUCUGUUUAUGCGGCAAGACACUGUUGUUGAGUAUACUGCAAGAAAAUUUGGUGUGAGUAAAAGUGAUCUUCUUGAUAGAGAAGCUGAUGAUCUUGCUGUACGUAUAGCAUUGGGUGAGACUCAAGUAAUAGCGGAGACAAAAAAGGCUCUUGCGAAAUCUGGAGUUAAUAUUGCUUCAUUGGAAGAAUACGCUGCUGGAAAAACUGAUGGAGCGAAACGAAGCAAUCACGUUAUUCUAGUUAAGAACUUGCCUUAUGGUUCGUCAGAAGGUGAACUUGCGAGUAUGUUUGGGAAGUUUGGGAGCCUGGAUAAGAUUAUUCUUCCUCCUACCAAAACCUUAGCUUUGGUUGUCUUCUUAGAGCCGGCGGAAGCACGUGCAGCUUUCCGGGGUCUAGCAUACAAACGUUUCAAGGACACUCCCCUUUAUUUGGAGUGGGCUCCUGGAAAUAUUCUUGAUCAAACAAGUGAUUCGGAAAAUGCUCUUAUUGUUGAAGAUGAUGCAAAGAGAGUGCUCCUAGAGCAACAAGUGGAAGGUGUAACAGAUCCAGAUGUUGAUCCUGAUAGAGUUGAGUCACGAUCACUGUAUGUCAAGAACCUAAAUUUCAAGACGUCGGAUGAGAGUUUAAAGGAGCAUUUCACUAACCACAUAAAGGAUGGGCGAAUAUUAAGUGUGAGGGUGAAGAAGCAUCUAAAGAAUGGAAAAAAUGUCUCUAUGGGUUUUGGAUUCGUUGAGUUUGAUUCUGUUGAUACAGCAAUCAAUGUUUGCAAGGAUCUGCAGGGAACUGUUUUGGAUGGGCAUGCACUUAUAUUGCAACUUUGCCACACUAAGAAGGAUCAAGUACCAAAGAAAGCUGAGAGUGAUAAGAGUUCAACUAAGUUGCUUGUUAGGAAUGUUGCUUUUGAGGCAACUGAAAAGGAUCUCAGGCAACUAUUCAGUCCAUUUGGGCAGAUUAAGAGUUUAAGGCUGCCGAUGAGGUUUGGGAACCAUAGAGGAUUUGCAUUUGUAGAGUUUGUCACAAAACAAGAGGCAAAGAACGCCAUUGAAGCUCUAUCCAAUACUCACUUGUAUGGGCGCCAUUUGGUUCUGGAGAGAGCCAAGGAAGGUGAGAGCUUAGAGGAAUUACGUGCUCGCACAGCUGCUCAGUUUAGUACUGAGCAAAAUGGGUUUCAAACUAGUAAACUAUCAAAGAAGAGAAAGCAAAUGGCUAUAUUGGACGAAGGGAGCUUUAAAUUCGAGCGAAUUGCUGAUUAAUACUUCACAACUUCUUCAUAUGUAACAUGAGGCUGAGCUUUUUUCUUUCCCUUAUAUCCCCAGUCAGUGGUCCUGUAUAGGUUAAAACUA